CGAUCCCUGUGCUCAGCCGCGGUGGGCGCCGUCGGCCGUCAUGUGCCCGAGGCGCGGGCAGUGGGCCUCGGGGCUGCGAUGUGGCCAGCGCGCAGCUCCACGCCCUGCGCGUCGCUGGAGUCGGCCUGGCGCCAGCGCGCGAGGCUGGCCCCUGCCGACGCCGCCGCCUGCAGCUCCGCGGCAGGCGUCUACGUCUCGGCCCUCGGCUGCAUCCUGAUCUCGAGGGCGCUUCAUCCUCGCGGAGGUCUUGGCCAUGGCCUUCGCCUCCUGAUUCUCCUGGCGGCGCUGCGCCAUCUCGUACACAGCCUGCGGGGCGGAUGGUGGACGCGG